AUGAUCGUACCGUUCAAUUAUCUUUUCACCUAUUUAGUAUGCUUUGUCGAGGCUAGCAGCUACAGUGAGACACUUCAGGACGAAUUCGAGCGAUUUGAUCGAGACUAUUCUCAAUGUGUGAACGCUACUGAUGUUACUGUUGAGAUUUUUCUCGAUCAACACCGACAAGUUAGCACAAAUCCGGUUGCCAAUACUGCUAUCAGUGAUGAUGCGUUUGGGGUAUUCAUGGAUUGUUUUGAGGUCAAUCCAACACUUGUGUUGGCUAUAUCUAGGGUUAACAGGGGCAUGACGGACUUAUCUGAAGGCUACUCCGGGGUGGUGAGUUACCGGGGCUUCAUAGGGUUGGCUGAAGCGGGGUUCUUCCCAGACUUCAACAGGCAAAGGCCUUUAGACCCAAGAAUGCGCAGGCGAGGUUAUGUAGCUCUAGGAAUAAAUGGGUACUCUAUAAAUAUCUGCAACUCAUCAGACGGAUUGUGGGACACGGUCACGGGUAGUUACCAAUGUCAGACAUCUAAUUGGAAAACAAUUUCAAAGUCCGUAGACGUGCACAACUACGAUGGAUCCCAACCAACGUACGUAGAUCUCUUUCCACCUCUUACCUGCCAGAAAGGUAAUGGUUGUAUGAUUCUGGUUGGGGCUAAUAACGCUGUGUGUACCAAUAGACAAAGUUUUUCAUGUGUUCAAGCGGAUACUCCGUAG